AUGUCUACCGAGUCUGACCACUUGUCUUUGCUUCAAGUGCCGUCAGUAAAUCAACUUGUGCCUGUUCCUGCAUCCUCAACAAAAGUCUUUCUUCAGCUAAAGAUGGGGCUCGGAUUCACGAAAUCAACGUUAGGUCGCGCUAAGGUCGUUCACGAAUAUGUGGUGGUGAAGACUCAAACUAGAAUGCGUGGAUAUCGGGGAAAAACAAUCAUGAUCCGAUUCCUAGUCGUGGACGCAAUGAAGAUCGCAAAGAUCAUUUUCUUACCGGACACAAUGCCCUAUCGACAGCUACCAUCUCUAGUAUUUUAA